CGGCGCGCGGGGCUCCGCCUUCCUCGACCAAUGGGAAGGCCAGAAGCCUCCAUGCUGGGUGUGGCUGAAGGGCAGGCCCCGCCUCGGCUCCUGGGAACCCGCCGGAGCGUGCAGGAGGGGGCGCCACUCCCCCAGACGUCGGCUGCGCUGCGCUCCGAGGCUAUGGCUGCGCGGCCCGUCAUUCUCGGUAUCGACCUGGGCACUACGUCUGUGAAGGCGGCCUUGGUGGAGGCCGUGCCCGGCGACCCAUCGGGGUUUGUGGUCCUGGCGAGCUGUGCCCGGGCUGCGCGGGCCGAGGCGGCGGCCCAGAGCGCGGCUGCAGGGCCCCAGGGGCGGGAGCAGGAUGUGAGCAGAAUCAUCCAAGCCCUAAAUGAGUGCCUUGCUGCCCUUCCUCGGCAGCUGCUCCAGGACGUCUGUGGCAUUGGAGUGUCAGGACAAAUGCAUGGAGUCAUGUUUUGGAAAACAGGCCAAGGCUGUGAAUGGACAGAGGGAGGGCCCUCUCCUGUGUUUGAGCCCGGAGCCGUGAGCCACCUGGUCACAUGGCAGGAUGGCCGGUGUAGCAGUGGGUUCCUGGCUUCUUUGCCCCAGCCAGAGUCCCAUCUCAGUGUGGCCUCAGGGUUUGGCUGUGCAACCAUCUUCUGGCUUUUGAAGAAUAGCCCAGAGUUCCUGAAGUCCUACGAUGCUGCUGGCACCAUCCAUGACUAUGUGGUUGCCAUGCUGUGUGGCUUGCCAAGAUCACUGAUGUGCGACCAGAAUGCUGCUAGCUGGGGAUAUUUCAACACUCAGAGCCAAAGCUGGAACUUGGAAAUAUUGAGGGCCUCAGGCUUUCCCGUGCACCUGCUCCCAGACAUCGCUGAGGCCGGCAGCGUGGCGGGCAGAACUUCCCGUGCCUGGUUUGAAAUCCCACAGGGGACACGGGUGGGCGUGGCCUUGGGUGAUUUACAGGCCUCCGUCUAUUCCUGUAUGGCCAAAAGGACAGAUGCAGUUCUCAACAUCAGCACUUCAGUUCAGUUGGCAACCUCCAUGCCUUCAGGAUUCCAGCCGGCGCAGACUCCAGACCCUGCGGCUCCAGUCACCUACUUCCCGUACUUUGACAGGACCUACCUGGUGGUGGCAGCGUCACUCAAUGGGGGCAACGUGCUGGCCAUGUUUGUCCACAUGCUGGUCCAGUGGAUGGCGGAUCUAGGUCUAGAGGUCGAAGAAUCCACUGUGUAUUCAUGUAUGAUCCAGGCAGCUGCACAGCAAAGAGACACCUGCCUAACUAUCACUCCAACGGUAUUGGGCGAGAGGCACCUGCCGGACCAGCUGGCCUCAGUGACCAGAAUCUCCUCCUCUGAUCUCUCCCUGGGGCAUGUGACCCGGGCCCUGUGCCGAGGCAUUGUUCAAAACUUGCACUCCAUGCUUCCAUUUCAACAGCUCAAGGAGUGGGGUGUGGAGCGGGUGAUUGGCAGUGGGAGUGCACUGUCCAGGAAUGAGGUGCUGAAGGAGGAGGUGCAGAGGGCUUUUCCCUUCCCAGUGUCCUUUGGGCAGGAUGUGGACGCAGCUGUGGGGGCAGCUGUGGUCAUGCUCCAGAGAAAUCUUAACCAGAGGGAGUCUUAGUCAGUGCAUCCUUUGGCCAAAAGACUGUUGCAAAUGUUAUCUAAGUAACAUUCCUGACAUGACCUUGUGGUCAUCCUUUUCCUGGACAGUUUUCUGGGCAGCUUUUAAGCAAAGCUUGUUUUCAGGGCACCAUCUUGACCAAGAACCUACCUUCAUCCUCUAAUAAUGCAGCCAGGACUCAUCAACUAGAUCCCAAAUCAGUGCUUUCUAAGAGACUCACUUGGGAAUUGGUCGCAAAUGUAAAUAUGGAAAAAAGAGAGAGGGACAAAGAAAGAAAAGGAACAGUAGCCCAGCAUCGUGGUCAGCAGGCUCUUCUGUGAUUCACCUGUAGACAAAGAGAAAAUAAAUGUGACUUCAGGCACCAAAAAGCCUCCAAAUAAGAAAAGAAGGCCCCCCCACCCCCCACCCCCUGCCGCUCCAGCUUUUGGGAUGAUUGUAUUUUGGGACGUGAAGCCCAGACUUCGGUCACGUGCGCUGUUGGAAAAGUCCUUCCCUCCUGGAUCGUACCAUGUGCCCCAGCAGUCCCCCUCCCGUUCUUGUUCUCCCUCGGCCACAGCUGGUUAGCUGAGGCAGGGCGUGGCCCAAGAUAAUAUGGCUCAAAGGCACAUAGCAGGGAAGGAAAGGGGGGGGUAGCAUGACCAGCGAGGGAGACAGAUGCUGCAUGGCCCCACCAUUCAGGCACAUCGUUCCUAAGAGUCUGACCAGGCACCAAUAGGACCCCUUUUCAGGGUGUGUCUGGGCAGCAGUGUUUUUGGCCCUGUACAUUCUUGGGAAUCUUUCCAACAGAGGGAUGUGUCUGGGCAUGCUCCUGUCAGAGAGGGUGGACAAUUUACUCAGAACCCCUUAUCCUGCGGCCCUAGCCUUUUUUUCUCUUGGUGUAGGCCUUGCUGGGCCACUAUGUGUCCUGGCCUGCAGAAGCAUCCCCCUGAAGUCAGCAUCCCUGCAGGGAUCCCAGAGCAUCUUAAACCUUCCUGUAGUUGGUAGGCAUGAACAUGGAUGGCAUGGCUUCCAGGAGAAAGCCAUCAUUGCUGCAUCUAAUUCCAGACUCCCAAGAGUGAUCCCAAGGCUCAGGCAGGCCUGACUCUGAGGCAUCUGGGCAACUAUGAGUCUGGGAAGCAGUCUUGUUGUCUCUUUGUAAAUGUCACUUUAUGAAUCAUGUGAUUGUCCGAAGCUCUUAGAUUAAUCUGCCUGGCCAUGCUGAUUGGAUUUUAGAUACUAAAGCUCAUUCUUCCAGAGCCUUGUACCUUUAAUAAGACAUACCUGUCUUCUUUGGGAUUGUUGUAAAUUAUGGCAUAGCUGCAGAGCUUGGUUUGGGAGGUUGGACACAGCCCUGAGGAUCAUUUGUAGGUUGUACUAUAGAAAACCCCUGCUUGCCCCACAGUUCUGCCAGGACAAGUGGCUGAAGAUCACUCAGGAAAGUCAUGUGAGUUUUCUCUCAGCUAGAAUGAGUCGACACCAUUAUUUUGGAGCCCCUGUGGGAGGCCUGUGAGAGAGAAGCCACCUUGGAAUAGGCUGAAAGGUAACAGCCCUGUCCAUCAGGAGGAAUUGGCCCUCCGACUUCGGGGAGGCAGCCUGUCUUGUGUCCUCAGAGUGCUGUGGAUGGAGUCUGUCAAUGUAAGAGGAGAACCUGGAUGCAAGGCCAGGAAGCCCAGCCCAGUGCCCAGUGUGGUGCUGGGACUCCCUGUUCCCUUUCCACAUGUCCCCUCUAUCUCUGAGGGCUGAGCCUUGUGCCGUCCAAGCUUGUCAGCUCAGAGCCCUGCUGCUGUAUUUAUUGCACCUGGCCUGGGCCUCUGCAGGGGGGUUGAACAUAGUUCCCAGGGCCUCGUUUCUUCAGCCUGAAGUCACAAACCACUCACUGCUUUUGCUGUCAUUCCUGGAAGGUACCAGUGUUUGAUACCAGCACGAUCCUCAUAUGAGCAACUGGCCUUGACUGCCUGCCCACGUCCAGAUCUUACAGGCACACUGUAGGCUCACACUUGCCUACCUGAUUGUUUGGGCCAGUGAAACGUGAGCAGGAGUGUGUCACUUGUUCUGUGCCUUCAGGCCAGUUGUGUGGGCCUUUAGGAGCCAGUGUGUGAUGUGUCACAUUCCCUUCCUUUUGCCACCAGUGACGGGUAGUGUCCCAGAGAAGGGCUCUGUCAGCUUGGGUUCCAUGUUAGGACCGUGUGGUGGAGAACCCUCACCAAUGAAUGAGCAACGUGCAGUGUGACUAAGAAAUAAACCUUUGAUGUU